AUGCUCAGCACAAUGAUUGCUCAGGUGAAGUCAGUACUUUCCAGUGAGCAGAAAAAAGCUGACUUCAAACCAGAGGUGGAAAAUGUGUCUGAGAUUCCCCUUUGUUCUCAUGCUUGCUCCAUGGUGUGCAAAUACAUGAACAAACAGAUCGAUCUGAUCCGUGACUGUCUUGAUGGUGGAAAUUUGGAGGUGGUUUUGACGGAACUGAGUCUUCGCUUUCAUCGCGCUAUUGUCGACAACAUUUACCAGUUUCAGUACAGUUCACAAGGAGCUAUGCUUCUACUGUGCGACAUCGGUGAGUACAGAAAAGUUGUCACCGGCCUCGAGCUUCCGUUCGUGUCAAAAUUGUUCGAAGCAUUAAAUGCGCUAUGCAAUUUGUUGAUAGUUUCCCCGGACAAUCUCGCUUCGGCAUGUUGUUCCGGAAUGCUGGGAGACGUUGAACGAACGGUAGUAGUAGGAUUCGUACAGCUGCGAGCGGACUACAAGACAGCAAAAUUGAAUAUCGACUUUCAAUAG